AUGUCGAAAAAUGGAACUCGAAUGACUAAACAUAUUGAAAAGUGUCGAAAAUGUCCUGGUGAAGUAAAAAGUCUAUAUGCAAAUAAAUCAGGUCAUAGUCAAAGACUCAGACAGCAAGACUCUCCUGCAGAUGCUGAACCAAAAACAAAAAAUCCUCGAUCAGAUACUUUUGGAACAUCCUUUUCUGAAUCAAUUUGUAGAAGUAAAACACCAAGUUCCAUGUUUGACAGCAUGACAAAAAUUGAAAAGGAAUUGAUUGAUACACACCUAGCAAGAGCAAUAUAUGCCAGUGGAUCCCCACUCCAUUUAGUAGAAAAUAACUAUUGGAAAAUCUUUUUGAACAAGUUACGUCCUGCUUAUAAGCUUCCGUCAAGACAUGAAGUGUCAAACGUAUUAUUAGAUAAUGAAUUUUCAAAGAUUUCAGCAAAUGUUAAAGAAAUGGUAGCAACUGCAGAUUAUCUUGGAUUGAUGUGUGAUGGAUGGAGCAAUUUAAGAAAUGAAGCAAUUAUUAACUUUGUAAUGACAUUGCCUUCUUCAUCAUCCAUUUUGUGGAAGACAUUGCCUACAGGAACAUCAAGCCAUUCUGGUGAAUAUAUGGCAAAUGAAAUAAAGAAAGUUUUAGAAGAAAUAAACCCUAACAACGUUUUGGGCAUUGUGACUGACAAUGCUGCAAAUAUGAAAAAUGCAUGGACUCGUCUAAAAGAUUGUUAUCCCCAUCUUCAUUGCUGUAAACAGCAAAUUUAA